AUGCGCUAUCCGAGAUUCGUAAAGUCUGGGAUCUGGUUUCUCAUAAUCUCGCUGUCUGGGGUAAUCACCGCACCACUACAGCCCGAAGAAUCGAAUUCCGGAUCAGCAGCGAUUCUGAACACAUUCCCAAUCCAAAAGGAUGAACUAUUUACAGCUUCAAUACAAUAUCCAUCAUUGACAUCAAACAAGAAUUCCGGGGAAUCCAAAUUGUUGAGAAAGAAACGCAAAGGUGCUACCGCACCGACUAUACCGGAAACGACACUCUCCACCGACGAAUUUACAAGGGUUGACACCCAAGAUAAAUUGGAUGAUACGUCCUUAUCGCUAGCUAUAGGUGAAGAAAUCAUAUGCGACAAAGGGCUAGACGCAGCCUCUUCACGUCACAACUCAAAUUCUCAUAAACAAUUAACUUUACAGCCCUUCAUCGGCUAUUCGGACUCUUCUAGUAGUCUCCAAAGCGCGAAGGUGAAACUUCCUCUGCCCGAAAGCGAUAAGGCCUCAAAAUCACUUCCGCCAUCAGCGCCCCCUUCGGAGUCAUUUGUUCAGACUAUUCGAAAACGAACUACAGCGGACGAAACAAACCCCAGAGCGAAAGAAGCGACGGUAUGGCAAGACCCAACGGACGUGAAACCUACCACAAAAGAGGAAGGGAAUAAUAAAAAUACCAUAGCUACCCCUACCCACGGGAAAGCUGAUGAGUCGAGACCCACAGUGUACAAAUCCGUUCAAGAUGACCUCGAGGCCAAACCUGGCGAAAAAAUGCUACCCGUUUCACCACGGAACCCUGGUGGGGAGGUGAGAGUUAGAUGGCACAUUAUCUGUGAGCCCAUGGAGCGGAUGCUUGCAAAAUUUUAUGAAGGAUACUUUCCACGACAACAUGAAAGUUGGUGGCGUGCGAGACUCGACCCCGGGUACGAUUUAGCAGGUGAUUUCAGAGCUUUCGAAGCACGAUGCCGUACUCAACCCUGCGCAUGUCGGGCGCAGGGCACGUGGGCGACGAGAUUCACUUGUGUGAACCCCGAGGGUGACAUCAACCUAUCACUUUCACAGAUGCAAACCCUGUCAUCCACCUGCAGACGCCGACAUGGCUGCAGGUGUGAGGCCGAAGGAUAUACCGAUCCUCCAGACCCGCCUAUUCCACAGCCAGUCGAUGAACCUUCUAACUUUCAAGGUGGGCUCCGCGAACCAGGAGCCCGUGCCAACGAAGCCUAUUGGAGUACGGUCAACAAGGCAUUCUCCGAUUUUUCCAAUUAUCGUAGCGGGAAUAGGCAGUAUACACAUGAACAACAUGGCGUUAUGGAGAGUUUACCUACGGAAAGCUAUUUGGCUCCCGGAACCAAGGAGCCAUUUUACUUAAGUGGGCCAGAAGGGUACCGAGAGGUCGCCCCAUGGUCAUCCUUCACUGAUUUACGUUCUGUGCAAGGUCUCGGCAGCACGUUAUCUAAAAGAUCAGCGGGUUCCGAAAGUGGUGAUAAAUCAGCCGAACAGGAUGAGGCGAGUCAAGAACCCCGAUGA